AUGGAGAGUCAAGAGGAAACGCCAAUCAUCUACACCAUGGAAAACAAGCCGAUUGUAACAUGUGCUGGAGAUCAGAGCUUGUUCACGUCCCUUUAUACCUCAUUGGCUCAGCAGCUUCCCAGGGAGCCAAUGGAGUGGAGGAGGACUUACGGCCGCGCACCGAAAAUGAUCCACCUUGAAGCUAACUUCGUCCAGUUUAAGGAGGAGCUCCUGCCGAAGGAGGGCAACAAGGCUCUUCUCACGUUCCCCUUCCUCCACAUCUACUGGACCGACUGCUGUGACACAGAAACGUACAAGAGCUCAGUGAAGGAGGACAUGAUGCGCUGGCAAAACACCCUGCGGAGUCACAGCUCAGCGGACUGGGUCAUUAUCGUCGUCGAAACCAACGACACCAAGAAGAACAAGAAGACCAACAUCCUGCCUCGUUCGUCCAUCGUGGACAAGAUCCGCAGCGACUUCUGCAACAAGCAGAACGACAGGUGUGUGGUUCUGUCGGACCCUCUGAAGGACUCGUCCCGGUCCCUGGACUCCUGGAAUGCCCUGCUGCUGAAGCUGCGCACUCUCCUCCUCAUGUCGUUCACCAAAAACCUCGGGCGGUUCGAAGACGACAUGCGCACCCUGCGGGAGAAGCGCACUCAGCCCGGCUGGAGCUUCUGUGAAUACUUCAUGGUCCAGGAGGAGCUGGCCUUUGUUUUUGAGAUGCUGCAGCAGUUUGAGGACGCCCUGGUCCAGUAUGACGAGCUAGACGCUCUCUUUACUCAGUAUGUCCUGAACUUUGGUGCCGGGGAUACGGCUAACUGGCUCGGCUCGUUCUGCGCCCCGGUACGUAACUGGAGCGGCCUGCUGCUCCGGCGGCCCAUCGACAUGGAGAAGAGGGACAGCAUCCAGCGCGGAGAGGCCAGCCUGUUGGACCUGAGGAGCUACCUGUUCUCUCGCCAAUGCACUUUACUCAUCUUCCUCCAGAGACCCUGGGAGGUGACUCAGAGAGCCUUAGAGCUGCUUCACAACUGUGUGCAGGAGCUACGCCUUCUGGAGGUCUCUGUGAUUGACGGGGCGCUGGACUGCUGGGUGUUUCUGAGCUGUUUGGAGGUUCUGCACAGGAUCGAGGGCUGCUGCGACCAGGCACAGUUAGCUGCAAACUGCUCUCAUACUGUCGGACUCUGGGCCUAUGCUACAGACAAGCUGAAAAGUUUGGGUGAACUCUGCGGCCUGGUGUCAAAGAAUGGGUCAACGUCUGAGGACCUGAACCGGACCGUGGAUCUGCUGGCUGGACUCGGGGAUGAGAGGCCAGAAACUAUCAACAGUUUGCAGAGUCCUUACAAAAAGCUGAAGGAAGCCUUGUCGUCUGUAGAAGCCUUCGAAAAGCACUAUCUUGAACUUUCUCAUGCUGCUAUGGAAAUGUACCAAGCCAUCGGCCGGCUGCGGUCCGCCCGGCUGGUGGGGAAAAGCCUGGCCGAGUUCUACAUGGCGAAGGGGGACCCUGAGAGGGCAGAAACCUUCCUGCAGGAGGCUUUGAAGUCUUACGUAUCGGAGGGCUGGAGCCUUCCUGUGACGCACACCAGGAGGCAGAUUGCCGAGUGUCAGAAGCUGCUGGGCAGAACUGAAGACUACUUGCAAACCAGUGCCUUGUUGGCCGGUGAUGGGAAUCUCUCCACAGAGGAGAGGAAGCACUUUUGUCAGGAAAUUCUCUCCUUUGCUGGCAAGUCGGAGAACCACUCUCACAAAGUGACUCUCAGCAUGAAUGUUUUUGCCCAGCUGACCCGACUACAGUUCCACCCAGCGACCGCGUCGGUGCACUCCGGCGCCGUGCUGCAGGUGGAGCUCACUCUUAGGUGUUUGAUGCCUGUUUCAGUGCGCAUUCAGCAGCUGGCUGCUAGCAUUCACUUUGACAUUGAUCACGGAGGGACACACGGGAGGUCCAAGGGAACGCUGAGGCGCACAAACCGAGGGACAGUGGAGUUCAAACAGGGCAACUCGUCAGCAGGCCCGCCCUCCUCCGCGGCUGCUGGUCCGACGCUAGAAAUGGACGAGAUUCAGGACAGGAGUCCCUCGGACAAUUCCCUCGCCUCCGUGGGAGUGGUCUGUAAAAACACUCACCUGGUCAUGCGUCGGCGUGAAAACGGUUCCCCUCCGGAGACGCCCAACUGUGUCAGCCCCCCUACUGUCGCCAUGAAGGAAGGAGGACAGAUGCUGAAGGUGCAGGAUGUCAAGUUGGAGCCCGGAAACAACAGCAUCACCUUCACAGCACCCAGCGGACAGCCAGGGACUUACACGCUACGGCAGCUGUGUGCCACCGUGGGCGAAGUGCAGUUCGUCCUGUCUCAUAUCUACCCAUCGGUCCGAUAUGAAGUUUAUUCUCAGGAGCCCCAGCUCACCGUGGAGCCUCUUUCAGAGCCUCUCCUGGCGGGUAUGCCUCAGCUGGUGAAGUUUACUCUGCUGACGGGUCACUACACUGUGAAGAAAGGAGAUGCUCUGCAGCUCAGCAACACGGAGACCAUGCCCAUCCUGCCCUCCUCCAGCUGCACGGCCCGCAUCAGCAGCCCCGAUGCUGAGCUGGUUGGCGAAAGCGUCCUGUCCAUCCAGUCGUCGGAAAAGGUGACCAGCAUCAGCCUACCUCCCACCCCUCCCUACCACGCCCUGGAGUUCCAGCUCGAGGUUUUGUGUCUCAUCCCGUCCGGGUCCGACCGGCCAGCCAACGAGAGGCUGACCAACGGGGAGGUGCGCCAUCGACCCCGCAGCUACAGCCAUCCUGACACGCCCAUGACCGCCAUUGACCAAAGGAUGUCUAUCGACUGUCCGUGGUCGAUCUACUCCACUCUGCUCGCCCUUACCUUCUACAUCCCCUUCAAGACCAAACACUCACUGCUUUCUUCUGGUAACCGAAAGUACAUCCAGGUGUGCGUGCAGAACGUGUCGGAUAUGAGCUUCACGCUGGCAGACGUGAAGCUGACGGAGAAGCAACACGAAUCUUUGGAGCUGCAGUCCUUUAACACUAAAACAAAUCAGCUCCUGUGCAGUAAGCACAGCGUGUUCUGCUUGUGGGAGGCGAGGUGGAAGGACGACCUGCCGUCCUGUCUGCAGUGUGUCUUCUCCGCCAACUUCUGUCCGCUGAACCAAGAAAGCUGUGCCUUCAAGCCGUUCCACUACCAGUUUCAGCUCGAGAGAGUCACUACACUGUACAGCGUGAAAGCAGAGAUCUUCCCCCCUGCGGGCGAACCGCACUGCCGCUCUGGUCUGGUCUGUGGACUCGAGGUGUCUAUAACGCGACUGAUUGAGCCCUCGGACGGAGAGAUGGCCGAGGACAGCAAGACUGACACUGAUGGACUCAAAACCACCAAGCUGAUGUAUGAAGUGGCCGACAGCAGCAGUAACUGGGCUGUGUGUGGCAAGAGUUCAGGGAUGGUGGUGAUGCCUCUGAAGGCCAACGCCACGCACAAGCUGCAGAUCGAGGUGAUGCCCCUGUUCGCAGGUCACCUGCCCUUCCCCAAAAUCAAGGUCCUCAAGUACCUCCCUCACAACGCCGCAGCGGCCAUUCAGCCAGACCCUGACAGCUGCGUAGAGAACGACAGCCUGUCCCUGCUGGACAAGACGCUGGACGACCAGGGGGACACGGCGAGCAUCCGCAGCCGAGGCAGCAUCCACUCGGUGGGCAGCAGCGACCAGCAGCAGAGGGGCGUGGCCAUGCCUCGCCUCGAAGCCUUCAGCCAGGGACAGGUGUUCAACAACAGCCACUCGCAGCAGGUGCUGGUGCUGCCCACCGCCGACGACCACAUCAUGGAGGUCAACGCCACAUGACCCUGGGGGUGAAGCAGUCCCCACUCCCCAGAUUGCGGGACUUCCUCCCAGUCGCUGUGGAUGAACUCCUUUGAGCCUCCGGAGCUCGUCCGGACCGGGUCUGCGUCAAAGACUGCCGCGGGUCGCCGACACGGACUCACCCGUCUACGCAUGAAACGCUCUAAUCACUGCAAACACGACGGACUACACAGUGAAGAGCCGACAACAUCCGAGGAUACAUUUAAAUAACUUGCCAUACUUUGUAAAUAGCUCAUUGAAUGGAUUUAUAGAUAUAAAUAUAUAAAUAUAUAUAUGAACUGAAGAAUCAAAUCUGCGCCUGUCGUGCUAUUUUGAACUGAAGAAAAAAAAAAACACUCCUGAUUGUCUCAUGUUGCACCAAAGCUCUCCAUGUUUGUACGCCAUGAUCUGCUAAUGAAGUGUACUGUAACUCUGGGUGGGUGUGGCCUGCUUGUAAGCGACGUUCUGGGCCUCUUUUUGGUUUUACACAUUUUGAGAUAUUUGCCUGGACAGUAACAAAGAAGUGAAAAACGCUUUUUCUCAUCGUCUCAGUCCCUUCUGCUCUGCUACUCCCAAAUAUUACUUUAUGAUGUACCUUAAAGUUUCAGAUUAGAUUUCAGAGCUGUGAUUGUGGACAGUGAGGAGAUGGCGUCUCAAACUGAAUAUCAAAAUGAAAAAAAAAAAAAAAAAAGCAUAAAGGAGGUUAUACAGUUAAAAUUGGGUCCAUUUUGAACAACCCCUGCUGUAUUUCUGGCUAUUGUUGGUCCAUCCUGGGUUUUAAAAUGAAUAAUUUCAUCAACAGCUGUGAAGGACUAAAACUGGGUAAAAGAAUCAUCAAAUAUUUAAUUGUAAGAGGUGAGAGAAAAAGCACAGGCUCACUUUUAAAAAGUAAAAACAAAAAACAAGCUAUUUGUGUUUUUAUUUCAAAGUUUUCAUAUUUAAUGGUGAAAAAGUCUGUCGAGGAUAUGGCUUUAAAUGUUCCUGAGAACUUGGUAACUAACUUUUUUUUUUUUUUUUUUUAAUGAAUUUCUUUGUUAUGUAAAAAUCCAAAACUCUAGAAUAUAAAGCCAGUGAGAAAAUAGGCUCAGACUUAUUAGACGUUGUUUUUUUUUUUUUGUUUUUUUUUUCCCUUCUUUGCUGGGGUUCUGUGUCUCUGUCUGAGUGCGUGUGAUCAGGGCAGACUUCUACGGCGGGAUCUGCGGACCGCUCAUAUGCGGCGCUUCGCGUGCAUAUUUAUUUAUUUAUGUGCACACGCGUGUCGCUGAACCUGUGUCCGAGCUAUGCACACAUGCUGCUGAUCUGGAAAGGUUGGAUGAAAGAAAUAAGGAACUCUUCGAUUUCAUUGUUUUUGUUUGUUUUUGGGUUUUCUGAAAGGAGGAAUGUCAGUAACGUCUCCCCGGCCCCUUCGACCUCCUGCUGUAUUCUGACCUCUGUACAUACUGAUCUGUAAAUAAUGAUUGAAAUUAAAAAGGAUCUUUGAUGCCAA